AUGAUUGAUGAAAGCUUGCCCACGUUCUUCGUGAAGAACAACUCAAAGCAGUCUCAGAUUAGCACGAUAUACCACCGCCAACAUGGCAACGAUCCAGAGCCCGCAUACUCAUUACGAGCCCUUGAUCCCGCUCUUCCGACAUCCAAGAACCGCUACGGUGUCGCCCUAUACGAUCCCUACGUCACCGAUGUUGUCUACGGCGAGGUCGCUGUAAUCCCGGAAUGGACACAACCCAGUCUAUCAGCAGACACGAUUCGUGCGAACGGUGGCGCACCUCCUCCUCCAGAACCUAUUCUCCCGACCGAGUUCAAGAUCCAGCUCUACAACCCCGACCAGGAGAUCCCAGUGAAAUACAAGGCGAAGACGUGGAAUCGCCCCGCACGAUGGGAGUUCGAGAUGCCGCAAAACACAUUCCGGGUCCCGUCUGGCUCUUCCCUGGAUCAGAUGCAGAGUGACCCAGCAACAGCAGACGUGACUGAGAAGCUGCGAUUUAGCUGGCGCAAGGAUGGGAAGCUUUCCAAGGAUUUGACCUGCUUGCUCCAUGGAAAGACUUCUACGAUUCCUGAUUCCCGGACCAAGAGCCGCGAACCUGAUAUUACGGUUGCGCUCUUCCAAGGUCUUAAGGAGCUUACUCUAUACGAGCCAAAUCUAUACCGGGUGGAGAUGGAGGAUUUCAAAGGAUUAGAGGUCGUGCUACUCCUGGCGACUGCCGCCAUUAAAGACAUCUUCUUUGGCCCAGCAAAGGAAGCAUUCCACAUCACCCCUGAUGGACCAAACCAAAUCGCUCGCAAGCCAGCAGCAGCGGCGGCGGCACCACCAAGCAAUACACAGCCGGCACAGAGGAACCAAGCUACGCCUGGUCCCAUCGCGCCAAAGACGAAACCAUCACCCCCUCGUCUCAGCAUCCCAAACUCGUCAUCGCCAGCCCCGCAGGAACGGCGCCGACAGGACGACCUCGCGCGACAGGAAGAGCAGCGACGAGCACAGGAAGUCGCCGCAGCAAAGCAACGCCGCCGCGACGCAGAGGUCGACAAAGAGACCAAGCGCCUUCAACAGAUCUACGGCAGGGAAGAAGAACAAGCGCGCAGACAGCGUACACCCGCUCCAUCAUCCCGACCUCAUCUCCCACCCCGCCACACCAACUCUGGCCAACCCUACGCCCAUCAAUACUCCCAAUCCUCAAUCCAACUAUCAUCUCAACCCCGUCCAUCCCGAAAUUCCCGUCCACACUCCCACUACCCACCACAAGGCGCACCCGUUCCCACAUACGCCAACAACCCCUACCUCCACGCACCAGGUCGCAUGGAUCCCCGCGCCCAAUCUUCCACCCACCUGAUGCAGUCACACCCACAACCCCGCCCCCAGCCCCGCCCUCAAUCGACCGUUGGUUUCUAUGCCCAGCCUACUAGCAGUGGUGCGCUCCCUACAUCAAAGCCAGCCCCGAAAGUGCAGCACAAGAAGAGCAGUUUCUUUGGCUUUAGGCGCAAUAAGGAGGAGACUGCUGCUACUAAGCUGGAGAAAAAGCGAAGUUCUAUGUUUUGA